GCCCCCGGGGCAACGUGGGGCUCAGCUCUGGGGUGUUCUUCGUUUCAAAUUUUCAAAAAGUGGGAAACUGCCUCGGCGCCCGCCGGCCUCUGGGACCAGUGGGAAAUUACCCCGCUCUUCAUUGCUUUCUGGCGCCCCUAGUGCGAACUCCUCCGGAAAGGGCAAUUCUGAGGGUGACUGGAGGGGCUCGGCCCGGGUCCCACCUGCACCCAUUCCAGAGCUUUCCCGUCUGACUUUUCCGGCCGCAAGGGGGCCAAGAUGGGUCGCCGAGCUCAACAGGAGUCAGCUCAAGCCGAGAAUCACCUAAGUGGCAAGAAUUCUUCAACUCUGACCGGAGAGGCUCCCCCUCCCAAGCCACCCCGCCGGCAAGGAGGCUGGGCGGAUGAUUCCUUGAAGGCUUCAAAGUCAGGAAGGAGGGCUUCCGAAGAAGUGGAAGAUCACCGCCUCAAACAGAAGAGCCUGGAUGAAUCGGAUGACGGAGGAGAUAUUCUCGUGAUUCCGGAUCUGGAGGAAGUACAGGAAGAAGACUUUGUUCUGCAGGUGGCGGCCCCUCCCAGCGUCCAGGUGAACCGGGUGAUGACCUACCGUGACCUGGACAAUGACCUCAUGAAGUACGCAGCCUUCCAGACCCUGGAUGGAGAGAUCGACCUGAAGCUCCUCACCAAAGUGCUCGCGCCGGAGCAGGAAGUUCGGGAAGACGACGUCAGCUGGGACUGGGACCGUCUCUACACGGAGGUGUCCUCGGAGCUCCUCACCGAGUGGGACCUGCUGCAGACAGAGAAGGAGGACCCCGUGGGGCAGUCCGCACACACCUGAGCCCGUGGGGCACAGCAGACCACUCUCGCUGCACGCAGUAACCUCCGCUUUGGACUUUUAAAACGGCUGUAAGCCUAAAACUAAAAGAAGCUUGCAAGCAGCUUAGGAUUUUUAUAUGAAAUAUUUUGUAAUAAAAAUAUUUAUUUUCAGGAGACCAUUUUGGAUCAUUCCGUUGAAAUAAAUUGCUUUUUUUCUGCAA